GGAAAUUCCCUCGAUGGCUUAGCUAAGAAAACUUAAAGUAAUAUCAUUCUUAGUUUUCGGAAAUUGGUCGAGUAGAAACAAAAGGAUCGCUCCAUAUUUAUAGUUUGAAUGGAAAUUGUAACUAGAAUUGACAAUAUUAUAUCCAACGAGAGCUUGAAGGCACGAUUUGAAUUUAGUAGUAAUAGCAAUCGCUUGGAGGGAUUACGUUCAUCAGACAAUCGGUUUCGGUUCCCUUCAAUUCGCCCAUAUCCGGAAACGAUUUGCACGCUUCGCGAAACUUAACAAAUAUGUCUGACAUCGAUGAGAUGCUUAAGGAUCUGCAAAAAUUUGCAUGGCCGGAUUAUGUUGUAUUCAUUUCGAUGUUCGUCCUUUGUAUAUUCAUUGGAAUAUAUUUCGGUUUUCUAAAGAAGUCUCUAUCCGAAUCCGAUUAUCUAAUGGGUGGUAGGAAUAUGUUAGUCCUGCCGAUCGCGUUAUCACUUGUGGCAAGUUUCAUAUCUGGGAUAACUUUGCUUGGAUUACCGACGGAAGUCUAUUCAUAUGGAAUACAAUAUCUCUAUGUUGCUUCUGGAGUUGUUCUUAUGGGAAUUAUAAUGGGAAAAUUUUUCCUUCCAGUUUUUCAUGAUCUGAAUAUAACAUCAACUUAUGAGUACUUAGAAAGUCGUUUUGACCGGCGUUUACGAAUGUUUGGUUCCGUCAUGUUCACUAUAAUGAACAUUGGCUAUUUACCAAUUGUUAUUUAUGUUCCAGCUUUGGCGUUUAACCAAGUUACCGGUAUAUCAGUACACACUAUUACACCAAUUGUUUGUAUUAUUUGUGUUUUCUAUACAAGCUUGGGAGGAAUAAAAGCUGUAGUGUGGACAGACGUUGUACAAACUAUUUCAAUGAUAGGUGCCCUAUUGCUUGUUGCAAUUAAGGGAAGUUUAGAUAUUGGAGGAGCAUCAGAAGUUUUUAAACAAGCCUGGGAUACCAAUCGGAUAGAAGCACCAGACUUUAAUCCUGAUCCAACGGUCCGUCACACUAUUUGGUCUCAAUUAAUUGGAGGAGUCUUCUAUUGGACUCAAACUAAUGCCGUCAGUCAGAAUAUGAUUCAACGAUAUCUAGCCCUGCCUACUUUAAAAGCUGGACGUCGAGCACUCUGGAUUUUUGUUGGUGGAGUCCUUGUUUUAAUGUUACUUUGCAGUUAUAAUGGAUUACUUAUUUAUGCGACAUACAAAGAUUGUGAUCCUUUGCAAACAAAGUUAGCUAAAGCAAGAGAUCAAUUAUUACCACUUUUUGUAAUGGACACACUUGGAAGCUUACCUGGACUAACAGGACUUUUCAUAGCUGGUGUUUUUAGUGCUGCAUUAAGUUCAUUGUCAACAUGCCUAAACUCUAUGUCAGCAGUAGUUCUUGAAGACUUUGUCAAACCAUUUGUAAAACGACCUCUUUCUGAAUCAGCUAAAAAUUGGAUUAUGAGAUCUGUUGUCGUAGGAGUUGGUGCAUUAUGUGUAUGUCUGGUUUAUGUUGUUGAAAAAAUGGGAACUGUUCUUCAAUUAACUAUGAGCUUAGAAGCCAUUACGAAUGGACCACUUUUUGGUAUAUUUUCAAUAGGUAUCUUUUUACCUUGGAUUAAUGGAAAUAGUGCAUUAUUAGGAGGAAUAAUUGGGGUAUUGUCAAUGUCAUGGAUAAGUUUGAAUUCCCAAAUAGCAUUAGCUUCUGGGGUAAUUCAAUACGAGACAAAACUUCUAAGCGUUGAUAAUUGCAAAUAUGACUUUAACCAUACGUUGGCUACUGGCCCUAUUGAUACACAUGCAGCGGAUGAUGUUUUCCCACUCUAUCGUAUUUCUUAUAUGUGGUAUACAUGCCUUGGAGCUAUGAUUACUAUAGGAGUAGCAACAUUGUUCACAUUUAUAUGGGGCGGAAAUGAUCCUCGAGAUAUUGAUAUAUCUUUAUUGACACCGUGCAUAAGAAAAAGAUUCAGAUGUCACAAAUGUUCUCCAAGUAAUGGUUAUGAUAAAAACAUUCCAAAAUCACACAACGAAUCGAAGUUCUAAGAUAUAAAGUCUGUUUAAGAAUAGAAAAUUUUGUUUUGUAAUUAAUGUUAAGAUAUGUAAUUUAGUUAAAAUGUUCAAUUUAAAUGAGUGAUAAAUAAUAAAAUAAGUAGA